AUGAAGGAUUAGUUUUUGUUGGAGUGUAUGUUAUUUUAAUAGUGGUAAUGGAUGGAUGAUGUGCAUAGAGGAAUAGAAUAAAUAAUAGAAGUGUUUGAAAGUAGGAGAUCUUUAAUAGAAAGUAUAUAGAUAUUAAUAUUAUGUAGAUAUUACAUAGAUAUGA